GGUGAAAAUGGUCAGUUUUGUAUUGUUAAUAUAUAUAAAAUUAUAUUGCAAAUAGUAAGAAACCAUCACCAUGCUGUGUUGCCUUCUGCCCAGAGAUCUCUGUUUACAAGGCUGGAAGAGUAGUCAAGCUCCUUUUCUUCCCCUAGGCUUUUUUUCCCUCAUUGGUCAGGAGCCCCCCUCCCCUCCUCUCUGUUGGGUGGGGUGCCAAUAACUUUAUUGGAGGCUUCUGAUUGGCUGGAUCUCUGUUCUGAAUGCCCCCCACCUCCCCUUCUCCCCUCCUGGGCUGGGAGAGUGGGUUGAAGCGGAGCCCUCCUCUUUGCGGAAAAGAUUCCUUUUAGGACUAGCUGAGCUGCUCUGGAGCCUGAGGCUGGUGACCCCAGGGCUGGCCAAGGGGUGAUGCCGGCCCCCAUGGGGCUCCUCGGUCUGGUCCUGUUCUGGCCGCUGGUGGCAGUGACUGCGGAGAAGAUUCCAGAUUCGCAGGUGGGGCAGGCGGCCUCCUGCAUGACUGCAUGCGCAGGGUCAGCUGGUCCCCACCUCCAUGUGGGGACCAGAUACACCUAUCGCUUUUCCACCAACACCAGCACCAGCCUGCAGGAGGUCCCGGUGGAGGGGAGUGGCCUUGGCCUCCAAGGCUUGGCUGUCCUUGAUGUGCUUGGCCCAUGCCAGAUGGCUUUACGGCUCCGAGACUUCCAGGUGACAUCCAUCCGGGGGUCCAAGGUGGAGCUUCUGAAGGAGUCAGAGAGGCUGAGCACUGCCCUGGGCCGUAACCCGCUCCGCUUCAUCCUGCAUUCUGGACGUGUGGCCCGCCUGUGUCCCCGCCCCGCUGAGCCUCGCUGGGUGCUGAACAUGAAGCGUGCCGUGCUGAGCCUCCUGCAGGGCAAUGCGGGGGCCUGCAGCCCCAAGACCCUGGAUGAAGUGGACAUCCUGGGCCGAUGUCCUACCACAUACCAGUGCCGUGGGGACUGGCUGCACAAGACCAAGGACCUGGCUCGGUGCUCCCUGCACAGGGGACGGCCCUCACUGCAUUCUCAGGCCCUGCCUGGAGUGGCCCCUGGCCUGGCCUCCCGUCUGACCUGUGUCCAGAGCUUCCGGGCUGGCGUGCUGCGGGAGGCCUCCUGCACAGAGCUGGACACCGCAGGGCCGCUGUCCGUGAAGGCGAGCGCUGUGCAGAUUCGAACUCUCUCCUCACUCAGCCUGCUGCACGAGAAGGCCCGAGAUCCAGCGGGCACAGAUCCAGAUGAUGGAGGCGAUGAAGACAUGACCCCAAGCAGCCUGCUAUACGAGUGGGAAGAGACUCCAUCCCAGGCCAUGGUGGCCGCUGCGGACAACUUAGUGAGGAGGCUGUGCCUGGCUCAGACAACCAGCUUGCAGGCUAUGGACUUGUUCCUGACACUGGUGUCCCAGCUCCACGGCCUUUCUGGGGGUGAACUGAUGGAACUCUGGCGACAUUCUUCCUUCAAAUGCCGAGACAACGGAUGGGAGACGAGCAGGCUGGCGCGAGCUUGCUUUCCACUGCUCCAGACACCACGGGCCAGCCCCAGUGCCUUCCUGGGCAUCUCAGCCCUGGUGCACAACCUCUGUGCUUCUCUGGAUGGGCCCUGCGGGCAGCUGCCUGGAGUCAGCUCCCUAGUGAACAUCCUGGGAGAGGCCUUGGGUGAGAACUGUACCUUCCGGGAACCCUCAGAAGUUGACAAGCUCCAGCUUGUGCUGAAGGCAAUCGGCAACGCGGGCUUGGCAGCCAUGGCUCUCACCCCCACACUCAGUGCCUGUGCGUCUCUGCGAAGCAGCACCCCCGAGAUCCGGCUGGGUGCCAUUCAGGCCUUCCGGAGGGUCCCCUGCUCUGCAAACCGAUCAGCGCUCUCCCAUCUGUACCAAUCCCCGGAGGAGGAUGUUGAGAUCCGUAUCAAUGCCUACCUGGCCCUGAUGAGAUGCCCCAGUGAAGAGGUGUUUGCUCAGGUGCGGCGCACCCAGGCAGGCGAGCUGUCCACCCAGGUGGGUUCUUUUGUGUGGAGUCACCUCUUGCAGCUGCUGGAGACGCACGACCCCCUGAAACAAGCCCUCCGGGACACCCUCCCUGAGGACAUCCUCAGCCAGGAGUUCCACCCGGAAAUGUGGAAACACUCAUCCUAUUCUGAUGUCACCUUCCGCUCAGCGUCUGGCAACCUGGGAGCCAACUUGGAGGGGACUCUUCUCUUCUCUCCUGUCUCCUUUCUUCCCCGUUCCGCCAUGGUCAACCUGACCAUCCACAUCAUGGACCGUGCCUUCAACCUCCUGGAGCUCGGGCUCCGGCUGGAAAAUGCUGAGGAAAUUGCUCGCAGGCUGUUUGGCAGGAAGUCAUUCUGGGGUCAGGAAGACGGAAGAGAGGCCGAGGCAGAGAAGCCCCCAGGACCGGAACCUGGGCCUGCACCACGGCCAGCCAGCCCCAAGUGUCCAGGAGACAGAGCUAGAAGGAUGAGAGACCUUCAGCAGAAGGUGACCCAGAGGCGUGGGGUCCAGCAGCCUCUGCGAUGCCAGCUGAGCAUGAAGGUGCUGGGGCAGGAGCUGAGUUUUGUGAACUGUGGGGCCACAGGGAGUCACGUGAAGCACUGGUCGCUGAGCCUGGCAGAGCUCACCAUCAAGCUCCUGAAGGUAGCUUCUGCCAGCCCCUCUGGUAUGUGCCUGUCCCUCAGUGCCCUGCUCCAGAUCUCGGCUGAGAUGGGCACAACGGGAGCCUUGGGGCAGGCUGGGCUGAGGUGGGUGACCAGCGUCCGCAGCGCCGCCAGCCUGGAUGGAGGGAUCCAGAUGCAGAAGGGCCGGGACCUCAAGGUGCAUCUGAACACGCCCGAGGAGGCUGUGGAGCUGCUCAGCUUCAGCUCUCAGCUGUACCUCGUUACCAGGGAUGGCGUGAGGAGCCUUAGACACAUCCCUGUCCCUUCUGAGGCCCAGUCCUGUACUGGUGAGGAAGUGUCCUACGCCUGGGGCUGGCAGCUGUGCGCUGGAGUGACCUGGCCGGUGCCUGGCCAGCCCUACCUGCUCUCAUUGCCUAUGUUUGCCGCUGUGACGCUACAGAAGCGGGACCCGGGGCUCCGACAGUACCUGCUGGAAGCUGCCUGUUCCCUGCACCCCGAGAAGGACAGCUGGUUGCCUCAAGAAGCCACAGCCCACAUCUUCAUGGGCACGCCCGGGUCGGAAGUGCCGAGGGACGUCGGGGUGGACGUCAGCUACAGCUUGCCUCAGAGCAAGUUCCGGGUCAAGCUUCUCCAUCCCAGGAAGAAAAUCGAGCUGGACGGAAAGAUGGAGGCUCUCGGGAGCGUCCACAUGGGUCACUUGGAGCUGGUAUUGGAUGACAGGGAUGUCUACUACAUCAAGGGCUGGAGUGACCUGCAGCCACCCAUAGGCAGCGAGGCGGAGAGGUUCCAGGCACAGCUGGAGGUGAAGCUGGUGACAGGGGGCAGCCCCAUCGUCUUUACGGGGAACCUCACGUGGCAGGCGGGCAGCAAGCUGGCCUUCUCCGCAUCGCUGAGCCAUCUGCUGAGUGACCAGGCCCACGUGACAGCAAUGCUGGAAAGGAAGGAGGAAGAUGGACGGUGGGUGGCCGCCCUGGGUGCCGAGGUCUUUGUGCCAGGGCUGGCGGGACUGCGUGCCCUUGGCCUGCUGCAGCAGCGGGGCGGGCUCUGGACCAACUCCCUGAGGAUCCAGUACAGCCUCCUGGCUCAGGCAAAGCAGCCAGCACACCAGUGCAGCACCAGCCAGAAGCUGCAGACAGAGAGCGGCUCAGACGGCGCCUACAGGCUGGAGCUGCGCCAUGAGCUCCACUGCACACAGAUCCCAGCCUUCAGCCACAAGGUCCAGCUCUGGCACGAGGAGGACUCAGACCACCUGCACUCGCAGCUGGAGGCGAGCUACGGGAAGCACUGGGAUGACAGCGGCAACAAGAGGCUUCUCCGUGUCAGCCAGACCUUCAAGAAUGACUCGGGGCCCGCCCUGAGCAAUCACUUCGUGGAGUUUGUGCUGCAGGUGCCCGAGAGGCAGGUGGAUUGCCGCGUGCAGCUGUACCACUCAAGCCUCCGCCUGCCGCACGUGGAGAGCAGCAGUCACCUGAAGGUGCAGUACAACAGGCGGCCACUGUUGGUGGCAGGCGGGCAGUGGAAGGACACAUCUCGGACCACUCUGUGGAAAUGGGAAGGAGCCUUGAACCUGGAUAGUCCGUGGCUGAUGGUCUCUGCAGCUCACAGGUUGUACUGGCCACACCGAGCUGUGUUCCAAGCUGUCCUGGAGCUGACGCUGGGCAAGGCCUGGACCCUAAAGGGCCUGGUGGUCAGUGUGGACUGCAGGAGUCAGGGCUCCACCAGGGAAGGCAAGAUCGAGGUCUACACUCCAGCUACCACCUACCUCCGGGUUUCCAUGGUGACAGUCUUGGCACAGAGCCUCUUCCACAGCUGGAGCAAACUCGAGUCAGCCUGGAACGCAGCAGUGCAGGGUGAGAUCCAUGCUGAGAACAGCUGGGACCGUAAGAUCCUGCACUGCUGGUUGAAAGGCGCCCAGAGGGAGCUCAACCUAACAGCGACCUACAGGCGCCUCGAGUGGCCGCGGAAGACCCAGGUGUCACUGAUGGCUCUGGGGACCGGUACCCAUGGCCAGCCUCGGGGCCUGCAGUUGGAGGGUGAGCUGGAGGAGCUGAGGCGAGACAGGACAUUGUACCAGAAACGGGGGACAUUGCUCUUUCGGCACCCCUUGCGCCUGCCCAUCCCGCAGAGCCUUGUCCUGCAGGGGACCUUCACAGCUGACGGGCGACACCAGCGCUAUUCCCUGGAGACAAGGGUUGUCCUGAAUGGCCAAGAGGAAACCCUGCAGACUGUCGUCCUGGGCUACCAGGCGGGACACCCCUAUGUCUGUGCAGGUCUGACGCAUCCAUAUGAUGGCACAGCCAUCCCCAGGAACACAGAGGGGUGCCUGGUUACUUGCAAUCAGCACAAGGCUAAGAAAAGGGAGGUCGAGGCCACUUUGAAAGUCAACCAGAAAGCUGUACUGCACUUAAAGGGUCUGCAUCAUGACAGAUCUCAGCACGGGGAAAGCCGGCACAGCCUAGCCCUGGACUUGGCCCAUUCCUACCAGCUGAGCUUCCCCCAGGCCCUGAGCUUGGAUGGGGGCAUCAUCUUUAGACAGAGUCCUCCAGGGACAUUCAAUUUUGGCGUGGAUACUCGAGCUGCCAUCAACCACAACAUCACAUCCCAGGUCUCGGUCCAGCUGAACAGAUCUGACUCCGACUUCGCGUUUUUCUUCCAACUCAGACAUCCCCACAGACCAACAUUUCCUCCAAACUUCCAGGUGCAGGCAGCUGCCGGACACUACAGAGUGCGCAGCCUCAACGGGUCCCUAUCUGUGCAAAUGUCCGGCCGGGAGCUGGCUCUGCUGGAGGUCGACGCCAGCCAGAACACUCGGAGGAGCAGCCGGGGCUGGGGCGUAAGUGUCCUUCUCCACCAGGCUGUCCUCAGCGCCCCCAGGGCUGUUCGGCUGCAGCUGUCUGGAAAGAUCACCCCAGCAAGGAUUUGGCUGUUUUCCAAGGCACUACUGGACCAGAACACGGCACAGCUGCUCCUCAAGGCAUCCGAGGAAAGGAGGGGAGGCCAGGUCCUGACCUUACAGAGCCAAACCCGGCACACGGUGGCUGGCUGGGCAGCGAUGCCCCGCCUCCUGACACUCACAGGAAGGCUGAAGCAGGAGGAGACACUUCGAGAGGGCACCCUGAGAGUCACUGCUGACUCAGCUGUGCUGGGUUUCCUCCUGCGGGACAAGCAUGAGAAGGCAGGGAACGGCACCAGCGUGCACAGCGUGACCUGUGUCCUCACCCAGAACAGCAGCCAGGCUUUGCCCGCAGAGCUCCAGCUGAAGGGCCGGCUGCACGCCCAGAGGAGGAACCUGAGGGCGCAGGCCAGCAUCCGUGCCCACGCGGCCAGCCUGGUUCUGGAUGGAGCUUGCUCCUGGGGCCAGCUUGCAGGUGCACUGCCGCACAGUAUCAGCACGCUGAGUGAUGCAGAACUCCCCUCCAAGGCAGAGGUGCUGCUUUUUCUCACCCACGUGGCUUCCAACUGCUCAGCACGCCUGGCACUGUGGAAUGCGAGGGGUCAGCUAGACACUGCCUUUGGCCUAGAGGGCCUGACCCCCGAGUCCCUGAGCCACCAGCUCCAUGCCAGCCUCCGCCACACCCACAGCGUGCCAAGCCUCAAGCACUGGGGCCUGCCCUUCUCUAUAGAUGGCUACGGGCACUUCCAGAGUGUGGGACGCAAUCUGGCGGCCGGGCUGACGGUGAACUUGGAUGGUGAGCAGCUCCACGCAGCCCUGGAGAGGAAGGCAGAGGGCGGCCACCAGGGGCUGGUGCUGGGGCUGCACCACGGCCUCUCAGGGCUACAGGGCACGCUGCCCUCCCAGCUAGAGGUCAACUGCAGCGGAGACACCUCAUCCACCCAGCUGUUAGGACUCUGCCGAGGGGACAUCACUGGGCAGCCUCUCGAGGUCUUCAUGGACAUUCACAACAGCAGCUCGGGCUUUGAGCAUUCUGGACACAUCCUGAUGGGACCCACAUCUCUCAACUACUCUGUGAGCUGCUGUUACCAUGAUGGGCACCUGGAGCUCUCUGGCCAGAGCUGGCACAACAGUGAGGCCUUGUUGUGGGCGGGAUUCCCAGGCGAGGCCUCCCUGCAUGCAGAGCUGCAGAUACACGAGUCCCAGACCCAGGCCAACGUGGCCCUUCGUGGCAGCGACGGUGGUGUUUUCGUGGACCUGGCAGCCCUGGUGGCUUGGCCACUGCACGGCCCACUGCAGAUGAUGGCCAAUGCCAGCCACACAGUGCCUGCUCUGCAGAGGCUGGGCCUGCCCUUCUCCAGCCAGCUCGUGUUCCUAGGACUCUGGGCGGCAGAAGAGAUGAGCUCCUUGCUGCGUCUGACCUGCGAUUCUCAGGCCAUCUUGGUCCUUGACGUCCAUGGCCAGAACCAGGCAGUCGGCAAAGAGCUGCUGCUCUCAGGCCGGCAUCGCCUCCCCUCCCUCCUGGGCCGCUGCCCCAGCUCAGCCUCAGUCGCGGCUAAGCUACACUACUCCAAGGGUGAGGUUCAGAGCACAUUUGCCUUGGGCGUGGAGGAGCAUCAUUUUCACAUCAGCACCCAGCUGGUAGCUGCUAAGGCCAGUCUUGCCAACUUCAUGAAGCUGGAACAUUCCUUCCUGCAGCUCAGCGCCCUUCCCGGGGAGCUGGUCCUGCAGACCACAUAUGAGAGAGCUCAUGGGACCCGUGUCCUGCGCCACAUGGUGCUGUGGGAUGGCCAGGAGUUGGCCCUCAUUGGGAGCCUCUCCGGGUCUCUCCCCAGGCCCUUCAGGAACCUCAGCCUGCAGGUGGAGCUCACCCACCCGCUGCCCCUCCCCCUGCCUCAACACUGCAGCCUCCGCCUGUCCUCACAGCAUUCGGGAGGCAGCCACCGGGACGGCCUGGUUGUCGGCUGGGAUGGCAGGGACCAGGUGGUGGUCUCCUCCUCCCUGUGGCUGGGGAAGAGUGAGCUGGCUGCCCGCCUGGCCCUGGCUCACCCAUUCAACAUCUCCUGGCAGCAAGCCGAGGCCAGUGGCCUUGCUGAGAGCAGGGGUGGCAGGCAGAGCCGGCAGGUACAGCUCACCUGGAACAGAGGACAGCCUGUGACUCUGCAGCUCACCUGGGCCGACGGGUUCUCAGCACACAGCACCACCUGGGACGGCUGCCUGGCUGCCUCCCCGGGGCAGCUCCAGGAAACCUUGGGCCUGGAUCACCUCCGGGCCUGCGGGGCCAUAACACAGACCCCAGCUGUGUUCAUUGAACAGCUCGACCUGUCCUGGGGCCAGCAGCGUAUGCGGCAGAACUUGACAUACGAGAGGCAUCAGCCAUCUCAGCCAGAAAAAAUCGUUGUGGAGGCCAUGCUGAAGCACGUCCUCGGGGCCUCCUGUGCCCAGCAGAGCUUCCGGGGAGAAGUACAGACUGACUACGCACACUGGCUGCAGCACUCCCUCCGCCUGGGGCUCUGUGACCUGCCCAGGGCCCUCUUGGUCUCCGGGGAGCACAUCCUGGGCCGGGGUGGGCUCCUGCUGCGUUCCCGCUGCCAGGUGGGCCUCGCUCCAGCCCCAGAACACGGCCUGCACCUCAGUCUGACCCUCCGAAACCACAGCAGGCCUCACUCGCCUGACUUCUCCGGGGAGCUAGAGCUUCGUGGCUCCAAGGCUCACCGGGUUGGCCUACUGGGACGUGUCUCUACCUCAGCUUCUCAAAGCCUGGUCCAGUUGGAGGGAAAUGUGGACAAGAGGGAGGAGAAAGUGAAGCUGUCUGUGUCCGGCAUCCCAAGCUGUCUCCAGGCCUCUGUGACCCAUGAGGAGGGGGGCAGAGAAGAGAGUGUGGUGCUGCGGGCAUGUGCUGACCGGCGGACAGCGGAGGUGGAGGUCCUGUUCCGGGAUGGCAGGCAGCCCUUCCAGACCCUGGGCCGCCUGACCCUGCAGGCUGCCAACCACAGCCUCCUGCUGGCUGCACAGGGCUGCGAGGGGCGCCUGCUGGGCCAUGUGGAGUCCAGGAUUGCAGCAGUUGGCUCCCAGGUGCAAGCCCGGCUGGAAGAGAAGGUUCGAGGCUUGGGUGCCUCUGUGAGAAGGUUGCAGCACUUGGUACAGCGGGGAGGCACCCUGAAUGGCCUGGCAGGCUUCCUCCUACAGCUGUCCCAGGCAGGGCUAGAGGCCAUGCAGACAAGUGGUCGGGCGGUCACCACCUUGUGGGGCCACAGCCAGGCCUGGCAGGCAUUGACACAGCACCUGCCUCUUUACCUGGACCGGCUGCAGGUGGGGCUGGAGCAGCUGCGGAACGAACUGGAAUGGCCCCUGGCCACACUGAAGGACGCCUACCUGGAGGUGACGCUGCGGCCCCUGGAGGAGGUGUGGCGGGAGCGGGCUGAGGAGGCCAUGUGGUGGCUGCUGGUCUGGGUGUCCGGGAUGCCAGGCAACGGGGGUCCCAGGCCCAUCAGGAUGGCCCUGGGGGCCAUGAAAGGCACCCUGGAGCUGGUGGCCCACCAGAUGCUGUCCUGGGCUGAGGCCACAUUCUCACGGGCACUGAAGAGGCUCUGCAAACCCCUGCUGGACCUGUAUGACCUCGCAGCCAGGAACUACUCCGUGGUGGUGACGUUGCCACUGCUGCCUUGGGGAGAUGAGCCCCUGGACAUGGCCCGGCUGACCAGCUACCUGGUGGAGGAGAAGCUGCUGCGGCCGCUCCGAGAGCUGUCCAGGGCCAAUGUGCUGGCCGAGUUCUACCGGCUCAGACACUGCCUGCUGCAAGGUCCCUGGGAGUACCAUGCCCUGGUGGCCGGGGCCCAGCAUGUGGUGACUUUCGACGGCCGGGUGUGGGACCUCAGCGCCCAGUGUGGCAGCAUCCUGCUGGCCCAAGACUUUGCUCACAACAUAUUCUCCCUGAUGCUGAGUAGGACAGGCUUGGGGCUCACAGCCCUGACCAUGGAGCUGAACCACAUGACCCUCAUCUUCUACCCCAGCCUGCAGGCCUACAGGCUGUACAACUCCUCCCUGCCGGGGGAGAGCUGUCCAGACCUCCAGCUGCCUCCUGCCAUGACAAGGAGGGACAUCCUCAGGAUUGAGCUGGCCAGUGAGGACGGGGUCUCCAUCUCCUGUGAUGUGCCCACCGGCCUCUGCAGCCUGACUCUGGGCCUCUGGCAACAUGGCAUAUCCGCUGGCCUUCUGGGCACCAACGACAAUGAAGCAGGCAAUGAGCUGAUGUUGCCGGAUGGCUCUGUGGCCCACAGCCUGGAGGGGCUCAGCCUGGCCUGGCAGGUGGAUGGUGACUGCAGGGCCACUGAGAAGACUCAGCAGGCCUGCCCAGGACAGAGCCCCACCUGCCGGGCCUUCUUCCAGGACCCUCGCUCCAGCUUGGGAAACUGCUUCCAGGUGGUGGACCCUGCACCAUUCCUCAGCCUGUGUGUGCAGGACCCCUGUGGCACCCGGGAGCUCCAGCCUGCCUGCACUCUGGCAGAUGCCUACAUCCAAUGUGCCCGCAGCUUCAUGCCCCUGGCCCCACCUCCACAGUGUGGAUUACGAAAUCAACAUACAAAAGUCAGUUGCAUUUCUACACACUAACAGUCAACAAUCCAAGAAGGAAAUUAAGAAAAUGGUUCCUGCUGGCUUGGUUGUGGAUGCCUAUAGUCCCAGCUACUUGGGAGGCUGAGGCAGGAGA